CGUUCUCUAUUCUCUGACAUCAACUGAAACAUAUUUCAAAUCACAUCAGAGCGAUACCGAAGAGGGCAGUAGAGAUGUAAAUUAGAAUCGGGGUACCCAGACAUCAACAAACAACUAGUUUUUCCCGAUCCAGGAAUCACAAUCAAAUGCCGAUAGUCUCUUUUCUGUAAGGAUGGCGGACCCAAACACUAAACAGGUUCCACAGAAAAGUGCCAAAAUUGCAGCUGGAGCCGUUGUGUGUGUAGAAAGUGAGAUAAGAGGAGAUGUCACCAUUGGACCAAGGACAGUGGUCCACCCCAAAGCACGCAUUAUUGCCGAAGCAGGCCCUAUUAUAAUCGGAGAAGGCAACCUGAUUGAGGAACAGGCUCUCAUCAUUAACAGUUAUCCAGAAAAUAUUAUGCCUGACACCGAAGGGGUUGAACCUAAGAGCAUGACAAUUGGAAUCAACAAUGUGUUUGAAGUUGGCUGUGUCUCUCAGGCGCUGCAAAUUGGCGACAACAAUGUAAUCGAGUCCAAAGCGGACCUUGGGAGAAACGUCGUUCUCACUAGUGGCUGUAUCGUCGGUGCUUGUUGCCAGGUGAACACGUGUGAGGUAAUCCCUGAGAACACUGUCAUCUACGGGUCCAACUCCAUGAGGCGAUUGCAGACAGAAAGGCCUCAGCCUCAGACACUGCAGCUGGAUUUCCUCAUGAAGAUCCUGCCUAACUACCAUCACAUGAAGAAGGCCGUCAAAGUAACCUCCACCCCGGUCAGAAACCAAGCUGUGACUCACUAGCCCAAGAUGGCCGCCGCGAACAUCAGCCGCCACACAGCUCCAGACCCGGC